GGAUAGAUGGAUAAGCAUGUCUGGUUCAGGGGUUUAAGAAUUUUUGGAAGCGACAUAAGUCUCACUCGGACACAGUUCCGUCUCCCUCCAUUUUCUUCUCCGAUCCGAACUCGGUGUAACAAGAUUGGAUUAAGAAGGAAAAAAAAGCAGCUAUGGCAAGUUUUAUAAUGGCCACACCGUUUCCUGGAUCUCUCACUCAAUGCAAGAAAACGAAUAACAUGUCCCUUCAGAGAGCCUUUAAAGUAACUUCUAUGCAGACACCGUUGGAGGAGCUAUAUAACGUUAAAGUGGAACGGAAAGUGUCACAGAGACGGUUAGAGGAGCUCGGGGUUUCGAGAUGGUCAGUUUGGAGGACUGGGAAAUGCAAACUGCCGUGGGACUGGCAGGUUGAUCAGUUGGUUUACAUUGAAGAAGGAGAGGUUCGUGUUGUUCCCCAAGGCAGCGAGAGGUUUAUGCAGUUUUUGGCUGGAGAUCUUGUUCGGUACCCGAAAUGGUUAGAGGCUGAUCUUUUCUUCAACGCUCCUUACCGUGAACGGUAUUGUUUCAAGGCCUAUGGCGAUGAUUGAUUCAAAUGUAGAGUUUUGAGUUUAGAGCCCUCAUGAAGGUUUGCACUUGUGUUUGUUGUUUGUUGUUGUAGUCUGAUGGAUCCUUUUGGGAAUGAUAUAAAAAAUAACAAAACAAUUUCUCUUA